AUGAACACCAGUGAUGGACGCCUAUCACCUGUGUCAUCCCGGGAUCUCAUCACGAUCUUCUCUCGAUCCCGAGUCGGAGGCUGGUACUCGUACCCGGGACCCACAGUCGUCAAGAAUUUGGAAUCGGUCUGUGAUGCACCUCUUCGACCAUUGUCAACAAUACGGGGUCUUUGCGACUCUGGUCUUUUCGGCGCUGGUGUAGUUUUUGGCGGUCUUGUCACUGGCGGUGGUUUCCUCGGUCUUUCCGUGACCAGAGGCUUGAAAGUGGGCCUAUCUAAAGUUCGCUGCUUGUUGAUGGGCUGCUCAUUCUGCCACAAACUCUCGAAACCGUCGUCCACCCUGUAUAUCAACAAGAACUCAUCAUCCAAACACCUUUACACGAAUUAUUUACAACAAUUCUUGGUGGAGAUCCAAACGCUCCUCCACCACCGGAACCGGAACCGGAAGCAGCUGAACGAUUUCUUUUCCGCUGACGACUCAACCGCUUUCUUGAAGUGUCUGACAGCUGUCAAAAGCGAAUGUGAGAAAGGCUGG